CGGUCACGUGAUCAUCACCCUCCACACACAUCAGUCGAGAGCGCGAGCGCUGUCGCACAAGUUUUGAGGAAAAAAAUAGGUUAUAAACUACCUUUUAAUUACAUUUAUAAUGGCGAGCACAUCUUUUGUGAUUUCUGUGUCGGUUAUGACUGUAUUUUGGGGUCUUGUUGGUGGAGUUAUUCCGUGGUUUAUUCCUAAAGGACCGAAUCGAGGAGUCAUUGUGACCAUGCUGGUUUUGACUGCUGUUUGCUGCUACUUAUUCUGGCUGAUUGCUAUUCUCGCCCAGCUCAAUCCAUUGCUUGGACCAUCACUGAGCAACGAUACCAUCUGGUACCUUUACUAUCAUUGGCCAUAGGGUCCAUCACGGGGUCCCUUCAUAAACCAGAUGCUGGAGGCAUGCACAGUGCCAAAACUGAUAACAUUUCACUGACGCUUUCUGUGAAAGGGAGAGAUCCUAUUGAUUGAAGCUUUACAUGCUUUAUUCCUAAUCAAAAAAUGACACCCACACUGCAAAAAAAGCACUUUCUUAGUAUUUUUGUCUUGAGUACAAAUAUCAAAAGAAAAUGUGUCUAGUUUAUAGAUAAAAAAUAUCAAAUUUAAGUAAACGUGUGCUUAAAAAAAAUCUGUCAAUGGGGUAAGAAAUAAAAUCUUGGAAAAAUCAGCUUACCCAAUUUUGGCAGAUUUUUUUUUUUUUUUUGCUAGAAAUUCACUUAAAUUUGAUAUUUUGUGCAUAAAAACUACUUAUUUUCUUAGAUAAUUAUGCCCACCGAGAAAUUAAUGUUGAUUUAAGAAGUUUUAGAUAUUUGUACAAAAAACAAGACAAAAAUACUAAUCAAAAAGGCAUUUUUUUUGCAGUGCAUAUGUUUGUGUAAUAAGAUCUGUGUUUAUAUAUUUAUUUGGUUUUUUUGACAGAAAUAAUAUGCAAUUAAAACUUUGCUUUUGUUUUCUAUUUGUAUUACGACGGCAUUGUUUUUUUGUAUAGUUUGUGUCAUGUAACCGUCCUGUCUUUUGUACAUGUAUGAUUCUGUAUGUUCAAUAAAAUUACAAAAGGAGAGUGGA